GGCAUUAACUUCUCACGUUUCUUCUACAAUCCCGUCCUUGCGUUGACUUUGCGCAGAGUCCCACACGGAAGGUCCGUCUAAAUCUGACGUGCUGUGCAGCAGCGCCGCCUGCCGGCCGGAAACACUUCCCCAGCAUUCCAGACGAGUGUGGUGACCAACAUGGCGGAUUCUGAAAGGCGAAUCAAAGAUGCUCAGAUGCGUGCCACUAUCAAUCAGAAGCUAGUGGAGACAGGAGAGCGGGAGAGGCUGAAGGAGGUGCUCAGGACUAAACUGAUCGAAUGUGGCUGGAGGGAUCAGCUCAAGGCACACUGCAAAGAUGUUGUAAAGCAGAAGGGUCUGGAACACAUCACAGUGGACGAGCUGGUGGCUGAAAUCACUCCUAAGGGAAGAGCUCUUGUCCCUGACAGUGUGAAGAAGGAAUUGCUACAGAGGAUUCGCCACUUCCUGGCCCAACAGUCCAAUAUCUGAUGUGCCUUGUCCAGACAGUUGGAUACAAGUAUAUCUUGCACAACAAUGGGACCACUUUUUGUAAUUAGCUAACCUUGGUAUCUGGAAGUUUCCAUGUUGUCAGUAGUAGAGUCCAUGUAGUUUGAGUUGUGCCUGUGACACUGUGAAUUCCAGUCUGAAGAUUUUCUGUUGUUGUAAUGAUUUCUCAACUCCUGGCCAGCUCAGAUGGCUACCCUCAUUUAUUUCAUACUGUGUGAUAAUUAUAUACCAAACACUGCUGUAUUGUGUGGAUGGAGUGAGUGCAUUGUGCAGUAUAGCUUUGUACUGAACACUUCUGUCACCUGCAAGUCUUUAGUUAACAUGUAUAUUUCAGCUUUUCUUUUGCUCACACGUAGCACUCAAUGUUAUGGAUGAUAUCCAGUGCUGUUCACCAUUGGGAGAUUCUGACCACAGGAGAUAAUGUAGGAGCAUGUAGGAAUGGAGGUAGGAUUGGUGGUAGAAGGAUGAUGAUGAUUUGGUUUAUUGAUUUCAUCAUUCAAACUCACAGUCUAGCAGUUAACUAGAUAUAUUUAACUGAAUUGCACUGUUAAAUUUGUUGAAAUUGUUUUAUUUGUAAGAGUAAGAAACAUGCAGUUAACAGCUUCUAGAAUGUGUGUGAAUUACAAAUGUUUUAUUGUAAAAUCAUCCAGAGUUAAGAACAUAUCCUUUUUCUUUGAGAAUAAAGGUAUCAUAUAUACACAUCUUGUUGUUAGUUGUUCUUGCUAUUAAAAGAAUUAAUGCUAUCUUUUCUAUCAGAAAUGGCAUAAUGCAAUUUUGUGACAUUUGCAACAAGCUUGCUGUUCAACUUAAAUGCUGUUCAGCUUCCUGUGCAUGCUUGAGUUCUUUGUAUUUUCUUUGUACAAUGAAUAUUAAUUUCAGGUAUUACAUGGGGGGGGGCAGGAUGUCAUCAUCGUAUCAUCAAAUUUUAUCCAGUUGCUUGUAUCAUCGUCGUAAUAAAAUUUUAUCCACUUGCUUGAGUA